AUGGCGAAUUCCAAAUUUGAAUAUGUCCGUAACUUUGAGACGCCAGAUCCGCUACUACCCAACACAUGGAUCGUGGUUCGAGUCGAUGGAAGAGGUUUCACAAAAAUGUGUGCCAAGUAUGGCUUCGAAAAGCCAAAUGAUCGCCGUGCCCUUGAUCUCAUGAACACUGCUGCAAAGGCCGUCGUUACUGAAUUACCCGAAAUCACCAUUGCAUACGGCGUCAGUGAUGAGUACAGCUUCGUCUUUCACAAGGCAUGCACUUUGUUCGAUCGAAGAGCCAGUAAACUUGUUAGCACUGUCGUCUCAACAUUCACUGCAAAUUAUGUAUACUGUUGGUCGGCUCACUUCCCAGAAAACCCAUUGUCUCCUCCACUGCCAUCCUUCGAUGGAAGGGCAGUGUGCUACCCUAGUGUACAGAAUCUCCGGGAUUACAUGAGCUGGAGACAAGCAGAUUGUCACAUCAAUAACCUCUACAAUACAUGUUUCUGGUCUUUGAUCCAACUCGGAGGUCUUGACAACAAGGAGGCUGAGAGUACUCUUGCUCGCACAUUGGCAGCAGACAAAAAUGAGAUACUCUUCUCCCGCUUUUCUAUCAACUACAACAACGAGCCCGAGAUAUACAGAAAGGGUAGUGUUAUCUUCCGUGACUACGAACUGGUUGACCCAAGCUCUCACAAUACCAUGCAAACAAUCGACUCUCAAGCAGAGCCCGUUGAGCAAUCAAAGUCACAGAAGGAGAAGGACAAGAAGAGCCGAGCCAAAGCUCGUGUGGUGGUGGAACACAUGGACAUCAUCAAGGACGAUUUCUGGAACCAAAGACCAUGGCUUCUUUCCAACAAGCCCGGGAAGAUUCCGAAACAGACGUAA